AUGGACAUCCUGGGUUCUGUGGUUUGCCUCGGUGUUCUGGCAUUGGAGGCCAUCGUUGGCUUGUGUUGUAAUGCCUUCAUCAUAUUUUCUCUCACCUUUUCUGGCUUUAAAGGGACAAAUAUUGCUCCGUGCAACUACAUCCUUAUUGCCUUGAAUGUUUCCACCAUGUUCUACACAAUUUCAAUAUCUCUAAACCUUCUGAUAAGCAUGCUUUGGUCAUCAUUCAAUACAAGUCACAUCUCAAGUGUUUUGAAGUAUUUGAAUUUAAGCAGCAUCACCUCCAGCUCCUGGCUCGCCGCCAUUCUGUGCUUCUUCUAUUUUAUAAAAAUUCUUCAGUUCCAGUCUAAAUUCCUCUCAUGGAUGAAGAUGAAGAUUGACAGAAUGAUACCUUUGAUGAUAUUAUUUGUGGAGAUUGUUUCUCUGUUUGAGAGUUUCAUGGCAUCCUAUAUUUACAGUCAGGACUUACCCAAAAACUCAACCAUCGCUGCCACCGAGGUGACCUCAGAUAAUCAAAAACAGAGAUUGAAAUUCAUGAAUGUUGUCCUGACGAUGACUUCCCCGCCAUUCCUGAUUGCUAUAUUGACAACGGCUGCCAGUGCCGUGUCUCUGAAGCUCCACAGUUGUCAUAUGAAAGCCAACACGGGUCACACUAAUGGGAAAGACUACCAAGGUGCAGUUCAGACCAUGGCUUGUCUCCUAGUUUUCUAUGCCUUGACUGGCCUUGCCAUCAUUGUAUUUGGGCGGGAUCUGUUUGCAGAUCAAACCUGGGGGUACUGGGUAUGUGUGAUGACACUUUUUUCUUUUUCAAUGAUCCAAUCCGGUCUCCUUAUUAAUGGCAAUCCCAAACUCAAAGAAGCUUGGAGAAAAAUGUUCACCUGUUUAUAA